AUUUACCUUACUACGUUUAAGCCGUGAAGCAAUAUUUGCCCCUGACCUGGACUUCAAUAUAAGAUUAACCCCUUAAUUGCUUGCCCCAAGUAACUAACCCCCGCGGCUGCCCCCGCAUCGCGUUCCCUGCCUUGGUGACGCGCAGCCCUAAAGCCCCGCUACCCAACCCAGUAAAUUGUUUUCCUUCAGCGCGCAACAUUCGGCUUCACUCUUCAACUCCGAUUUUAUAGCUACCAAUGCGACAAUAUGUCUCGACCUGGCCCGUCUGCGGGCCGCAGCCUGACUUUGACAGAAGAAUUAGAAAGACUUGAGCAAUCAAUUACUCUCACCCUACAAGAAAUAGACCACAACUUCAGCAAAGCACACCGAAUUGUCACCACCAGCAUUCUGCCUCUCGUGGAACAAUAUGGCGAGCACUCGAAGGCCGUGUGGGAAGCUUCUCAGUUCUGGAAGCAGUUCUUCGAAGCAUCUGCCAACGUGUCCCUUUCGGGAUACGAGGAAUUAGCCAACGACGACGAGACCACUACCGCUGAAGAGACUACACUCGAUGAAACCACAUCUGAUUACAACAACACUACUUCUGAAGCCGACACCACAGCUGAGCCCUCCAAUUACGCAGACCACCACCAAGAGCACCACAAUCUCCCCGACGACUCUCUCCUCGUCGACACCGAAAUGUCGGGCAGUACGCCGCGGCCCCCAGCCACCAAAUCCCUAACACACAUCCAGCAGCAAAAUCAGCCCUCACAGAAGCCGAAACAGAAAUUCGCCGGCUUCGAAUCGCCCUACGAAAAGCUGCGGCGCGAACUCGGCGGCGACACCGCCAUCUUUAGGGAAGAAGCGCAGUUCGCCUCCGACGACGACGACGAAGACAACAACAACAACAACAACAACAACGACGACGACGACGACGACGACAAGACCACGGACCUACCCACGCAGCGCACGGGCAAACUUCCUAACAUGUCGAUGACCCCGCGCUCGUCGUCGCUCCUCGAGCCCGACGUCCAGAGCACGGCGCGCAAGAACAAGGACCCGCUGCUGCACCGCGUGCUCGACAAGAACUACCGGCUGCAGGCGACGCCGCACAAGGGCGUGCCGCAGCCGCCGCUGGACCGCGGGUUCAGGGCCAGGCCGCUGUCGCCGGUGAAAGACGAGAGGGAGGCGAGAAGGCCCGGCGAGGGAGACGAGGAUCGCACGAGGCGCGCGCUGUGGACGGAUAGCCCGAUGAGCUCGCCCGAGAUGCCGGCGCCGAAGCUGAGGAGCGACUUGUACCAUAUGUCGCCUGUGCGGCUGGGCGGCAGGGGACGCGCGGGAGGAGCUGGUGCCGGUGCGGAGGGGCCGAGGACGCCUGGGGUUAGUGUGCAGACGCCCGGGACGGCGCGGAAGACGAGGGACGUGUUUGCUGAGGCGAAGGAUAGGGGAAGGAAUCUGGGCGUGGAUGUUGGUGCGAAGGGGAAGGCGAAGAAGGACCCUGAUGAGAUAACCUGGGAUAGCGAUGAUGAUGAUGACGAGUUCGGCGCGUUCAGUCCCCCGAAGACGAUCCAGUUUGCGCUGCCGCCGAGUAAGCUGAUGCAGACUCCUGCACGAGAGGCGAGUAAGCGAAUCGUCGAUGACAUCCUCAUCACAGCCGGCGCGGCGCCGGAAACUUCGUCGGAGUACAGUCCGACUUUGGUCAAGAUGAACCAGGAUAUCCUCGAUGACACGUUCUGAGGGCCAGUUGGUUGUUGCUGUUGUCUAGAGGCAAUGUGGCAGAGUUGUUACUAAUGUAAUACAUGAAAGACGCACAAAAAGUCGGA